GACUCUUUAUGGGGUUCCACUAACACCGGACGUUGUUGGUGCACUUCGCUGCAGAAAUGCCCUGAACAGACACAAUAAUGAAUGGAGGUUUUGAUACCGUGAGCGACCUUUAUUUACAUCUAGUCGAGAUGACAUGAAGCUUUAAGUUUACCUGACCCCGUUUCCCGCCUCUGAGCCACCAUGGCAGCGAGGAUGAAGCUGAAGCUGAAGACUGUGUUUGUGCUGUACUUCAUGGUUUCCCUGAUGGGUCUCAUCUAUGCAUUGAUGCAGCUCGGCCAGCACUGCGACUGCGCAGAGCACGACCUGCCGAAAGACCGCGCCAUAUCCCGCCUGCAGGAGGAGCUCUACCGCCUCCAGGGCCAGAUACGGCAGCUGGAGAAGGCGAAGCAACCAGAGAAGAAGCAGCCUCCUAAAUCCUCGCUUUCCACCAUCUUUGUCAUCACCCCAACCUAUGCCAGACUGGUGCAGAAGGCCGAGUUGACCCGUCUGUCCCAGACUUUCCUUCACGUCCCUCAGCUGCAUUGGAUCCUGGUGGAGGACUCGCCACGCAAGACGCCACUCGUCUCCAACUUCCUGAUGAAGAGCGGCCUGACCUACACGCAUCUGAACGUUCCCACCGCAAAGGAGCGCAAACUGCAGGAGGGUGACCCCAGCUGGCUGAAGCCCCGUGGCGUCGAGCAGAGAAAUGAAGGACUACGGUGGCUCAGAGAAGACAGAAAGACUGAGCCGGGGGACAACGGUCAGCAGGGCGUGGUUUACUUCGCCGAUGACGACAACACGUACAGUCUGCAGCUGUUCGAAGAGAUGAGGAGCACUCAGCGGGUUUCUGUGUGGCCCGUCGGGUUGGUCGGUGGGAUGAAGUUUGAGAGCCCCGUGGUUGAAGGAGGAAAGGUGGUUCGCUUCCACACCGGCUGGCGGCCCAGUCGGCCGUUCCCGAUGGACAUGGCCGGCUUCGCGGUGUCCCUCCGACUGGUCCUGGCCAAUCCGGACGCUUGCUUUGACGGAGAAGCACCAAUGGGCUUCCUGGAAAGCAGCCUGCUUAAGGGUCUGGUGACAGCGGACGAGCUGGAGCCCAAAGCAGACAACUGCACUAAAGUGCUGGUGUGGCACACCCGGACAGAGAAGCCGAAGAUGAAGAGGGAGGAGGCGCUGCAGGUGCAGGGGCUGGGCUCAGAUCCCGCUGUGGAGGUCUGAGCAACAUAAACACCAACAUUAAAAAGCAUCUGCUCAAAAACAGGCGUUUAAGUUUACUUUAGUCUGGCUGAUUUUGGUUCAGCUCAUAAAUGAGUGCUACAGGUAACCGUUUUGGUGUUUUUCCCCGGGUCGUUCUGCAGUUUUGUUUAAUGAUUAUGGUGCAGUUUGAAGAGUUGCCUACAGGGGGCGCCAAACAUAACAUUUUGAAAGCUUCGUUUUUAUCAAGGGCCACAAAUUAAUGCACGAAUAAGACGUGAAAUAAAUAUUGAUUUAGCUGAUAUUUUAAAUAAAAAUGAAAAUACAUAAAUGUUCAUUAUUAAACGGUUCAAUAAUGUAUUAAACACUUAAAUAAAUGUGGAAUUUAUUUCUUAUUUAUUGUGGGAAGCAUCUAAAACUUUUUAAUCUAUAGUUUUAGGAGUUCUUCAGUUAUUUUAGCAUCCUGUAAUAGUGCGGGAUACUACAGCAUUCUAGUGGGACUUGAUUAUGUUUUUAACAAAAGCAAUUAAUUGUGUUAAAAUUAACAGGUUAAAUGUAAUUAAUUAAUUGAAACUAACUUGUUAAAUCCCUGACCCUAAUAUAUAAAUAGAUCAAUUUUGCAUAUUUAAAAAAAAUAUAAAACACAUUUUUUGGCUUAUUUUAAUAUAAAUAAGUAUACUAUUAUUAUAUGGUCAUUUAUAUAAAACAAACAUUUAUAAUGUGCUGCUACAUAGGGUUAUGUAUUUAAUUAAAUUUGGUUUUGUUUGUUUUAGUGGCACUUUUGUUCCUCCAUACUUUCACACUGUACUUUCAUACACAAAUGAAGGUUUUCCAUGUUACCUUACUUUAGAAUAAACCAGUAAUUAUUCCCGGCAGCAGCUGGAUAUAUUUAGACUGUAUGUGGUUUGACCUCAACCUCUCUGUAACUCCAUUUCUAUUUAUUUUAUUAAGAUUCCAGGACAAAUAUUCAUGCAUGGCUUUUGUUUUAGCAUGAUUAAUGUCUAUAACUCUUAGAAAUGUUCUAAAGCGUGGACGAGUUCUGUUCUUAUUUAAAUAUUUCUGAGCCCAAUUAGAUCAUUAGCAGCAAUUCUCCAGCAAUAAGACAUAUUCACUACAUAAACACUAACUAUAUAUUUAGUAAUAGAGCGAACAAACCAGCCUCGUCUCCAUGGUGCAGCUGCGACACAAUCCUCUGAUCGAAUGGUUUGACGCCCAGAGCCGCUUCAGAGCUUACGUCUUGCACCAUGAAAAUCCCUGAAUGAGGAGAAAGCUGCUGACGCUCAUAAACGAGUAUAUUCACAGCGCAAUAAGCAAACUAAAAAUGCACACUGUGUUGCAUUUCCACUCUGCAGAACACUUGAAUUUGGCUGAAAUGGGGAGGAAUCCAUUUUUAUUUUUAUUCUAGCUGCAUAUCAAGGUUUUCUCCCACAACGUCGUCUGCAGUCAAACAGACUGAAGGUCAUUAAACUCUCUGUAAAAUCAGCCUGUGCCUGCGUAAGAAAAAAUAGUGCCUGUGAGAAAGUUUAUCUGCUGGUGUUUGUGUAUUUAUUAUUGUGAUUAUUGUUCUCUACAUUGUACAGUGUGAUGAUGUCUGACCCAGGCCUUGUAAAUAAACAUGUUUAAUCUGUC